AUGACUGGCUUCGAGAAGUCCGUCAAAGGGGCCACCAAGCUGAAGCUUGCGGCUCCUAAAUCCAAAUAUGUCGAAACCAUCCUGGUGGCGACCCACACUGGCGAGGCGGGUGUCGCGGAAGUCUUUCGAACACUACAACACCGACUUCGCGACUCAGCAUGGACAAUCGUGUUCAAAGCACUGAUCAUUGUUCACCUUCUGAUUCGUGAGGGUCAACAGGAUGCCGCGCUUACCUUUCUUGCCGAUAACCCGAAAAAGAUUGCGCCCAGUAAUUUCUCCGAAGCACAAUCACAGGGACGCAAUAUCCGGCGAUACGCUGAGUAUCUCAUCACGCGCGCCAAGGCAUUCGAAGCUACAAAGACAGAUUACGUGCGAAGUGGCCCAGGGCGUCUGAAGCGAUUAAGUGUGGAUAAAGGUCUCUUGCGAGAGACGGAGUUUGUACAGAAACAGAUCCGGGCAUUACUGCGGUGUGAUUUAUUGACCGAUGAGCCCGAGAACGAGAUCAGCUUGACCGCAUUCCGCCUUCUAACCCUCGACCUCCUGGUGCUGUAUUCGGUCAUGAAUGAGGGAACAAUCAAUGUCUUGGAACAUUAUUUCGAGAUGUCAAGACCGGACAGCGAACGUGCUUUGGCUAUUUACAAAACAUUUACCAAGCAGACCGAAGAAGUAGUUGGGUUCCUAGGAGUCGCAAGGCACUUCCAGUCUGCCACGCGUUUGGAAAUUCCCAAACUGAAGCAUGCGUCUACCGACUUGGCGCGUCUCCUUGAAGAUGAUUUGAAUGACCCAGACUUUGACCUGCGCCGAAGAGAAUACAUGACUGGGAAGGGAAAAAAGCAAGAGGACCGUCCCCCGCCUAAUCUAUCGGGCUUCUCAUCUAGCAAUCAGUCGAACGCACCGUCGAACGCACCCCAGCAACCAUUUGCGGCGCCAGCUGCUCAGCAAAAGCCGCCACCCUCUGAUCUCAUUGAUUUCUUCGACUCAAUUGAACAGAACCAACAGCCAAUGGUUCAACAAGUACCGGCACAGUACCAGCAGCAGACUGGGUUCCAACAACCCCAACAAACCGGGUUCCAGCAGCCGCAACAGCCCUUCUAUCAACAACAGACCGGAUUCCCACAGCAGCAGCAGCAGCAGCCGCCGCAGCCACAGCAGCCACAGAUGACAGGCUAUGGUCAACAGAACCCUUACGGAGGCAUCCAGCCACAAACCACUGGUAAUCCCUUUGGACAACCAGCAGCGCAGCCGCUUCAAUCCACACCUACCGGUGCUGGAUUUGGGGGAUACACGCCGCAACCGCAGUCAUAUGGGUACCAGUCGCAACUGGCCCCGAUCCCGCAGAAUGGAGUUCCUUCAUAUACUCAGCAGCAACCCAUGCAGAAUCAGCUGCAGCCGCAACCGCCAUCUACACCAACAAACCCCUUCCGCCAGUCAAUGUUGGUUGCCCAGAACACCGGUGGUGUCCCUGCCCCCGCGGCCCCGCUGCAACGCCAGAAUACCAACCCGUUUGCCAGGAGACUCUCCAUGGCCACCCCGCAGUCGAAUUUUGGUGCUGAACAAGUGCCCCAAGUGCCCCAAGUGCCACCGAUUCCUCAAUCACAGUCGCCCCAACCGCUUCAACCCCAGCGGACCGGAACUAAUCCAUUCGCUCGAACCCCAGCGAUCCCACCUACCCAAAACCAUGGGCUGCAGCCUCUCCAGCCGACUCCCACUGGUAGCACCAAUCCUUUCCGUCAGAGCCAGUUUAUCAAUGAACAGACCGGGCAAGGUUGGCAGACAAGCGGGCAAAAUGGUACAAUGGGUGGACUAGAACAGAUGGAGACUGUUCCCAUCUUCCCGCGACCGGGUAUGACCUAG